CCUCGCUCUUCAUCCUGACAAAGUUCGCGUAGCAUCUGGUCAGACGGCGGGCGUGGAUAAAGACGGAAAGGACUCUGGGGCCUUCCUCUGUGUGAUCGACGACUCCAGCGAACAUAUUCUGUCAGUGUGGGACUGCGCCAAGGGAACCAAGCAUGCAGAGAUCAAGACGACCAACGAGGCCGUGUUCGCUGUGGACUUCAACCCCAGCGACAGCAACAACAUCAUCACCUGCGGUAAAUCCCACGUCUACUUCUGGACGCUCAGCGGCGGACAGUUUACCAAGAAGCAAGGCAUCUUUGGGAAAUACAAGAAGCCCAAGUUCAUCCACUGCUUUGUGUUCAGCCUAACUGGAGACGUUCUGACCGGAGACUCUGAAGGAAACAUACUGCCGUGGGCAAAGUCGGCAGCAGACACCAAAACGCUUGGGAAGGGGGCCAAAGAGACCUUUCAGAUUGUACGGCCAAUCAAAGCCCACGAAGGCAGCGUGUUCGCCCUGUGCGCCCUGAAGUGCGGCGCUCUGAUCAGCGGAGGGGGGAAGGACCGCAAGAUCAUCCGCUGGAGUGCCGACCUGGCUCCAGAGAGAGAGUGUGAGAUUCCAGAGAAGUUCGGGGCUGUCCGAACUGUCGCAGUUGUGGACGACGAGGAACUUCUGGUGGGUACGACCAGAAACGCAAUCUUAAGAGGGACUUUCCCUGCCGGGUUCGUCGCCAUAGUUCAGGGUCAUUUAGACGAGAUGUGGGGUCUGGCCACCCACCCCUCUCAGAACAUCUUCCUGACCUGCAGCCAUGACAGACAGGUGUGUCUGUGGAACACAGAGCAGCACAGCCUGGACUGGUGCAUCACCCUCGAGGAAUAUGGGUUGUGUGCGGAUUUCUGCCCCAGUGGAUCUGUUGUGUCUGUUGGACUCAGUACAGGAAGGUGGCUGGUCCUCGACUUGAUGAACCAGGAGGAGAUUUUUGAAUCCACAGAUGGAAACGAACAGCUGUCAGUCAUGAGAUAUUCUCCAGAUGGUCGCUUUUUAGCCGUCGGCUCUCAUGACAACUUCAUCUACAUCUACAAUGUGACGGAGAGCGGCCGCCGCUACAGUCGCUUCGGGAGGUGUAAUGUGAGUCACUGGGGGGGAUGUUUGGUUAUGAGCUACAUUUCUCUGCUUGUUUCCUUUUUUAAAUUUGGAAACAUGGGCCUACUUGAGAGUACUUCCUGGUACCACACAGUACGUAUACUCAGUACUCUGGGUUAGGCUUCUUUAGCAUGAAUUAAUG